AUGGUUGAUAGCUGUGUGAAAAAUCGAAUUUCAAGCGGACGUUUGUAUUGACCAACCCGGGUAGGUCCUGUUUGAAUGCCGUUGGGCGUCCAAAAGACGUGUAUAUUAGGGUCGAGUGUUCGUGACAACGUCACUGUCUCAGACUUCACUCGACUGAGCGUCUGGUAGUGUCUUGACAGGAACAGACUGAUCUCGUCAUCAACCAUGACUCCCUUCCUUCUGCUGUUCGUUGCCUUGGCAACAGCGUCUCCUAUGAAGAGGCAGGCGACUAGCGGCCUAGAUGCCAACGGUGACGGUCUGGUCUCCAAGGAUGAAGUUCUCAGCUCUAUGUCUCUGCACGAGGCUCUCGUGGCCCUGGACAGGGACGGCGAUGGCUUCAUUUACCUGCCUCAGAUCAUCGAGCUGUGGGGAACCGGAGACAAGUUUUACGAACUGAACACCGACGGAGACGACCACCUCACCUUCAGGGAGAUCGAGAACGGGAUGACUCUCAGCGACUUCUACGACCAGUUCGACUUCAACGGUGACGGGACCCUGGACGCAGCAGAAGCUUACCAGCUGAACUACAUCUGGGACGUCCUCUACAACCCUGCCAUCGACAACCCUCUGGACUCCAACGGAGACGGCAGACUCUCCAGGCUGGAAGUUCUGAGCCACAUCACCUACGAUGAAGUUCUGCUGGCCCUGGAUGCUGACGGCGACCGCCAACUGAGUGCGACUGAGGUGAAUGUCCUGACAACAGAUAACAACUACCUGGACGAGGGAGAAGGAGCCGGGUUCUACACCGUCUGGGUCAUCCACCUCACGAACACCGGCGGCAGCACUGACCCCGUCACUGGCUAAGGGUCUAUCGCAGAUCCACCAGUAGCGGCAGCAAGGCAAAAAUAAAGACUAAAUAAAAUCUUACAAUCAACACAAACAAAA